CUCGUUUUCAACUCGGAUCCAGUAUGGUUGAUUGUUGAAAGUCAAAGAUGAAUCCAAUUAAUUUGCUUAUUAUUUAUUUAUCUGUUUGCUUGGCAAAUGAGGUAUCCGACUUCACUGUAAUCUACCAAUAUGAUGAUUUCAGCAGUACUUCUCCAUUUCUCCAUCAGGUUCCGGAAAAUACAAGAACGGCCUCCUGGAGCUUUCAGGCUGAAAACAAAUAUCCCCACAGCUGUGAUAACCUAAAUGUUACUGUUGUAUUGCAACAUGGCAGCUUACCAGUUAUCAAUCCACUGGGUGAAAUGCAUCCGAAGAAUUUUUACAUCGACAAGAAAUGGGCUGUCCAAGCCACGUUCAAUGUAACAACAACUAACCUCACAAUGGAGUCGACUCUAAUCAACCCAAAGCCUGGGCCUUGGUACAGUGUUGCCUACCUGCCUGAGCGAGACGGGAAAAUCUUACCCGCUGAUCUGUUUGUGAAGUGUGUGUACAGGCUGCGCAACUGGUUCUCUGUGCGGGUGGAAUCGGCACCGCAUGAGCUGACGGAGGACACACUACACCAGGUUCGCAUGCCGCCUCUCUCAAGCAACUUGUUCAGGUUCUUAGUACCAGUAGAGGUCUACAAAUAUCAGGUGAUACUUCAAGACUGUUACUCUAGCAACAACCAGACUGGGUGUGAUGUAACCAUAGCAACCAGAGGUCUGGGAUUUCCAGGACCCAGCAACUCAACUGUGAAAACAAACUGUGAGUGGAAUGUAACAACAUGUGAGGUUACCAUGGAAGAACCAAGUGUCGGCGUGUGGAAUUAUUUGGAAAUCUUUUCGCACAGUACUAAUGAAACUAUAAAUGCAUCUGUGGACGUCAGAUUUAAAGCGUGUAAAACCAUAAAGACCUACAAAACCAACGAGAAGGACCUGACCUGUCAAAUGCUUCCAUUACUUGACAAGUUUACACACAACUCCAAGUUCAAAAACAGGUAUGGUUACAUGAACGGGAGUGAGGUGAAUGGAGUAAACAUCAGCCUGUCUGACGACAAGACCCAUAUAGUGCCUUUUAUUGUGAGUGAUGGACAGGAUAAUGGUGGAAGUCUGGAGGUGCGGGCGGGCAUACAAAAUGUGGUUAGCUUGCAGGAGAACUACUUGCAUGCUCAGGUGAAUAUCUGCGUUCAAAGAGAGGUCCUGCCAUAUCAAGAAGGGGCCUCAAAGUGUUCUGAUGGUUUCCAUAGCAACAUGACUUCACAAGGAGAAGAUCAGGUCAAGGUCAUUGUUCCAUAUCCACAGGCCGGCCACUGGUUUGUCGGAGUGAAGAUGAAUUGCUACAGAGUUCUCAAUGACAGUGACACAGAAGUGAUGCCAUGUGGUCAGUUGUCAGCACAGGUGAAUGUUUCCGUGAUGACAGAUGCCUGUGUGGGUGGAGGAUGUAGCCAAAAUGGCCGAUGUAUCAACUACCUUAAUGGCCAUGUGCUGUACACCACGUGCAGAUGUGUCGAGGGUUGGAGGGGCUUUGACUGUUCUGAUGGCUCGGACCUGGAGUCAGACAGUUACCAGCUGCAGGAACUACUUUUAUUGACGCUCAGUAACCUUGUGUUCAUACCCGCCAUUGUGCUUGCCUCAUACAGGAGAUAUUAUGUUGAGGCCCUGGUGUUUGCUUACAACAUGGUCUUCUCAGCUCUAUAUCACUCAUGUGAUGGAGAUCGUAGGGAGGAAUUUUCAAUGUGUCCACUGCCAAUCAAUGUGGUCAGUGUAUGUGACUUCCUGUCAUCUGCGACUUCCAUAUGGAUUACCCUGGUUGCCAUGGCCAGACCUCCGCUUCAGUGGAAGAGUCUUAUCCAGAUGGCUGGCCCACUAGCUCUGCUUGUUGGAGUAUUGUAUCGGAAAACCAGUGCCUUUCUCUUCCUUGUCCCAGCUGGAGUUGGGCUUAUCAUGCUUCUUAUUUCAUGGGUGUGCCGAUGUUGCUACCGUGGAAAAUGUUACCCGAGCAGGAAACGCUACCUUCUAUUUCUGGUUCCUGGCCUGCUCCUAGCUGCAGGGGGUCUGUGUAUCUUCACAUUUGUUGAGCGGGAAGACAACUACCUAUACACGCACAGCGCCUGGCAUGUGUGCAUGGCUCUCAGUGUUUUACUGCUUCUGCCACCUAGGGACUCUAGAGUUCAGUACAAAGUGAAGGAUCAAAAUGGUACAAGCCCAGGACCAACCUACCAGCCAAUCAGCACAUUCGAUAGGCCCCGUCAAGUAUAAUGGUCUGCAUGGGAGUAGCUAGGCUAAGGGGAUGUUUGAUGAGCCAGCGGAAUUGAUAGAAUUUAAAAAAUUGAGAUUACCAGAAUUCAGCUCCAUCUGCUCAAAUUGAGAAGAGGGUGUGUGAAAAGAACCAAGAUGGCCUCUUACUUGAACUUAUGUAUAUACUUACUAGGGAUGAAAAAUUGAUAAAAUAUUCUUGAAAUUUGAAUGUUUGCCUCAUUUGGCAAUAAUUGAUUAUGAUUUUCAAUAUCAUUUUUUAAAGAAAUAAAAUCAUAUCAUAUUACUUACAUUUACUUUUAUUAAGGUUUUUAUUCUGAAAUCUUGUUGAUUUUUUACAAAAAUUGUAAUUUUUACCAAUUAUGGCUCCCUGGAUGGAUUUGACGUCCAGUUAGUGUUACUAUAUUUUUCAAAUCAUAAGUUAUAUUUCUGAGUGACGAAGAUAUUUACAACUGCUCCUUCUCUUACAAACUUUAAGAUUGGAAUAUGAUCAAAAUAACCACUCUGUUUAUUUCCAAUCAUAGAUAAUGGUUUUGGUCGGAUUUUCAAUUCCUAUUGCAUACUUGAAGUUAUUUUUUCUAAAUUAACAUAUGAUAAAGUGGCAAAAAUCACAGAAAAAUGAAAAUCAAUCAAAAUAGUUUAUUAGUUUUUCUGGUACGCAUUUGCUAAUAAUUCUUAAAAUUUAUUUGACUAAUACUAAUUUUGAGGCUAUUAGAAUGGUUGAAUGUGUGUAACUAUUAAAUCACAAUUCUCUUUUGACUAUUCAAGCAUUACUAUAGGAACUUAUGUCAAAGUUGUACGGACUUCAAAAUAAAGGAGAAAGGAUAGGUGUAAAAUUUGACUCCAUGAAAUAUGACUUUGAUAUAGCGAUUAUUUGAGAUAAAAAAUCUACAUAAACAGAUUUGUUUUUAUAUAGAAACAGGAGGAAAUAAUUUGGGACCCUGAUUAAAGUUCAACAUAACUAGAAAAUCGAGAUAUCAGAAUUAGACAUAACAAAUUUAGACUAUACUUGCACUUAAACUCAGAGACAUCUUCAUGAUCAAAUCUUCAUAUCUUUAACUAAGAUUGAUAAUUGUUCAGGAUUUAUACUUUUUUCAAUGCAUUUAAUUGCUGAUUUAAAUAAUUAUAUUGAUACUGAUGAUUUUUGUGUCAGAUGCAUUUUUUUAACAAUUUAUAUAUCAUUUUAUAUUAUACCAGUGACAUUGUUUAUUUUGUGUAUUUUUUUUACAAGUUGUUUUUAUGAUGUUAUAUACACAAGAAGAUUUACAUUAAAAUAUUAUCUUUUCAUUAAAACAUAACUACAAAAUGAGAAAUAUCUUUAAAAGAACUAGUUCUUUCCAAAAUGUCUCAGAACAAAUUCUAUUUGAUUCUUGGACUAUUAUAGUUGAAUUAUUACUGAUAAAGCCAUUAGAACCAGUUCUUUUCAAAAAUGUUUCAGAACAUGUUUUUUUUAAUCUAGUACUUUUAUAAUUAAUUGUAAAUUGAAAAGGAUUAUUUCAAGAUUUGACAAAUUUUUCAUAGGUUGAUAUUUUCCAUAACAUAUUUUUAUAAUGCCCCCUGUUUUUUUUUAAAGGGUGCCAAUAUAAUAUUCACACUGUUAAUUUUUCUGUGUGUCUGUCUGUAACACAACUUUGUCUGCAAUAUUACUUGAGAAUAGUUUGACCUAGGACCAUCCAACUUCACUGAAAGGUUAACCAUGACCAGUAAAAGACCCAUAUUGUUUUGGAGGUCAAAGGUCACACAUUUAAAAGUCGAAUGAAAACCUUGUCUUCAGAAUAACUCUUGAACGGUUUGAUCUGUUACCAUCAAACUUCUAUGGAAGGUUGCCGUAAAGGGGUCCUAUUGAUUUUGUGUUGUUUCAAUUAAUACACCUCAAUAAAAUCAUCUUUCAAAUGUUUCUGACAAAGUUGGUUAUAUAAUAUUCGACAAACAUCUCUUGCAAGACUAAUGGACACAUUUUUUUAUAUUUUUUAGCACUUGUUUUUAACGUUUAUAUUUUGCACGCAUAUUUAACUAUUAUAUUCCAGGUGUAGUUAUUUUAGAAAUCAUUUUUAUAUAUCUACAAAAUAUUUUUACUCAAGAUCACAAAGAGGCAUGGUUGUUUUUUUGCAUUGUUAAAGGAACAUGACACCAGAUGGUCCCAAAAUCUGCAAAAACAGUAUUUUCUCAAAACAAGCUUAGAAUAAUCAAAAUAAACUAGUCUCACAUGAGGUCGAUAAUACAAUAUUUUACGUGAUUAAAUAAUAUUUUAUCACUAUCUCAGCUGUGUUUACCCAUUUAAAAAUAUCGCAUACUGGUUUCCUAGUUUAUAGUGUAUAUAUUUAGCAUGUGAAGAUCCUGUGAUUAGUAUAGAUACACAUACCGACACUUUUUUAAAUUUACUGGGAUUUAUGUGGUAGACAAACCCAGCAAGUUUUGCAUUGGAAAAAUACGCCAAAACUAUGAAAGAUACAUGUGUAGUAAGCAAUGUGAUACAUCAGUAAGAAAGGUUCAAUGCAUUGUACACAACCAUAUCACUUUUAUGUAAAUUUAUGACAGUUUUCUUUUUUUUUAAUGGCAAUGGUAUCAUCUGGUGUCUAGUCCCUUUAAUGACAAUGUUAAAAUGUCAUCACUUUUUAUACUGAUAAGCAUGUUAAUAUAUUCAGGUAAGCAUGAAAUCAAUCACCACUAUGAAGUUCAAGUACAUGUGUAUCACAGUUGUUCUUUAAUUUUUUAGAAAACACAUACACAGGGGCGUAGCUACCUCUAGGCCAUCAAGGCUGUGGCCUACAUUUUUUUCCCCAAAAAAAUGAAAACACAAAUUUGCACAUAAUUAUAAGGUUCUAAAGUUUUAUGUAUGGAAAGCGUUGUUCUAGUAAAUAACAGUUACUAAAUAUAUUUACCAGUUGUUAAUAUUCCUGCACCCCUAAGAAUCUAACUGAAACUAAAUUCGGGGGGAUAGGGGGGCAUGUCACCAAACCCACACAAACGUUGUACUACACACCAUUUUUAGCCAAACUACGCCCCUGAUACACAAGAAGAACAUUCCCUUAUAUAACCUUGAAGAGAUUUAUGUAUGUAUUUUGUUCCAGGCUUUCUUCUUGUUAUGUUUUUUGUCUGCAUUUAUAUAUUUUUAUCUAUAUAUACAUUGAAGAGUCUGCAAUGUGCAAUUAUAUGCUUGAGAAUUGAUAUGACAAUUAAUUCUUCAUGUUUUUUUCUAGCUUGUCUGUUUUACAGAGGAAACUAGUUGAGCUAGAGUCAUAGCCUUGAUGUGGUCAAGGGAAUCAUCUUGGCCAAAACUCAUUAUUGUUUCAAGAUGUUCAAAUUAAAAAUGUUUUCAUGCAUAAACAUUAACUGUGGUCAUUUAAAAAGCGUUCAAAACGUUAUCAUGAAACUUGGCACAAAGUGAAAGUAUACACACGUGUAGCAAGGCCCAUGACCCUGGAUUUCACCAUUGUUGAUUUAUGCCCCUUCAUUGUUUGAAAAAACAAACAAGCAACAAAAAAAACUUUACAUAAUAACCAUUUAAGAUACUCAUAUGCAACUUCAAAUAUUACUAGUAGCAAUGAGCACAUUUGUGGCAAGGCCCAUUACUCUGGAUUGGAUGGUUCUCAAGUUAAGCCCCUUGUUUGACUAAAAAAUUUACAAGCGGUGAGUGUCGGUGUUUGCUCAAGAGCGCUGUUGGUAACUCAAGUGAUAUAUAACUUUAAUGUUCAAAACAUUUAAUUGGUUUUAUUUGUGAUUUUUACAAUUUUUAUUCUUAUAUUAUUGUUUAUAUCAUUGUUAUAUGAACCACAGAAAAUUGCCACAAUAUUUGCCACAGUUACAAACUUGAAGCUGCACUCUCACAGAUUGACCAUUUUGACAUUUUUUUUUUUUUUUGUCUUUGAAUGAGCCAAUUUUUGCGAAAAUGUAUGGAAACCAAUUUUUUUAUAAGAUUGCUGACAAAAGAUCACAUUGCAGUUUUUAAUAUUUACGUUUUGAAAAUUAAUGUUUUAUUGCUAAAGGUGUUACUAGCGCUUUAAGAUAAGUGAGUCUUUCAGCAGUUUUCCAAACAAUUGGGAUCUGUUCUAUUGUGAGUUACCUUAUAUGACUGAUUUUAGGCAUUGAUGCCAAAACCACCUGAUUCCGAAACCAAAAAUAACAGAACAAUCAAAGCUGUGAUAGUGUAGCUUUAAACUACUACAUGUAAUGAACAAAUAUGUGUUUUGGGUGAAAUAUGUAGUGUAUAUGUCUGUGUUGAAAAAUAUUUGACUUUCAUGCUCAAAGCAUGUAAAUGUUUUUGUUUUUAAUUUUCAAUAUUAUAAACUGAAACUGUGUUUUUAUACCAGUAUGUUAUAUAUUGCACAAAUAUAUAGAAUAUAUAACACAUGCACAAGUAUGUAUUUAUAUUAACAUAUAUAAACAAACAGGUAAUAAUUGCUUGAUUUAAAUUUUAAAGGGUCAUGAUGUUUUAACUAUUUUCAAUGCAUUUCAAUAUUAUAAGGCGAAAGGCAUGAAGAUACAGUCAUAAAUCGCUAUGUCCAAGUCGUUGAGACCUCUAAAAUGCUUCGAGAUAAUGAACAAUCAAUAGAAACAAAAUAUAUUAAGAGAAUAAUUUAACUGAAAAAAAAUGUUUAAAAAAAGUUUGACAUAACCAGAACAUGUAGAUAACAGAGUUCAACAUAGCAAGAUUCAACUGUUUGUAUAUAAUAUCUUAUGUUAAACAUUUUGAACU